CAGGGUCAAAAUGUCCCUUCAUGUCAGCAUCUCCAGUUUCCACCAAGAGCAGCAGCAGCAGCAGUAGAAAUGAGAGGGCCCCUGGCCCCAUUGCUCCUGAUCCCUUGGGCCUAUGGGGGUGGGGGCAGCAUCUCUCUCAUCGCUCUUCGCGGCAGACCCCGGGCGGGCGGCCGACCCCGAAGCGGGGCCUCCUCGGCGGCGGCGGGGCGCGCGGAGGGGGAGGCGGAGGGAGCCAAGAACCGCGAGCGGGAGGCGCCGGCUGGGCUCGGGUGUCGGGAGGCGGCUCCCGCGAGCAGCUGUCGGGGGCCUGUUCCGGGGAGAGGAGCUGGGGCGGCUCUGGCCCAGGCGCCGCCUCCCCCUCCCCGUCCCCCCCUCCGCCCGCUCGCCGCGCGCCCGGGCCGUGCCCUCCCUUCCCCCUCCCGGGCCAAAUCGUCCCCGCCGCUCCCACGCCCGGCGCCGCCCUCCCGGCCCCGCGCUCCUCGCCGCCCCGCCACGCCCACCCCGCAUUCCCUUGCGCGCCCGGGCCGCCCCCAGGUAACCGCGCCGCCGUCCCCGCCGCCCGCUCGGCGCUGCGUGCCCAUCCCCCGCCGCCCACCCGCCGCCCACUCCCCAGGAUCCCCACAACGGAGAACGGCCCAAGCGGGGGGACCGCA